AAGGAAACAAAGUCAAAACACCAAAAAUGAGAACAUUUAUUAAAACACAAUUGUCACAAUUAGAUCGAAUCCUACAACUAGAAAAGGAACAAGAAGAUCCAAGAAUUAGAACUGGAUUAAGACAACUAAAACAACGAUUAAACAGUAUGGAAACAAACUAUAAGUAUGUUUCCCAAUUAUCAAGACAACAAACUAAUGAACAUAUUCAGAAAAUUGAAAGGAAGAAUAGAAAUCUAGUAAAAGAUCUAGAAAAAGAAUAUGGGUAUAUAACUAAUCAAGCACUAAACUUAGACAGAAAAGAUUUUGAGGCAAUGCAAGAACAAAUGGAACAAUGUGAAAGUAAACUAUUACGAAAACAAUAUCAAGCAAAAUAUAGAAAACUAUUAGGAGUAUCUUUAGAAAACCUAGAUAAAAUGCAUGACGUAGAAGACGAAGAAGAACGAAUGUUCCAAGAACAACAACGAGCCAGAAGACAAGGCUUAGAAUUACCAGAAACAUUAUCACCGAAACAUCCAUAUCACGAAGAAUAUUUACCAACAGUAAAUGAACUGCGAGAAACAGAACAAAUGGCAGAUAGAUAG